AUGUCGAGCUACUUCAGCAAUUUCUCAUUGAACAAGUUUACUGAUACAAUCAGUAAUGCCGCUCACAAAACCCAGGAUACUUUAAGCAAUGCUAUUUCCAACAUUCAAUUGGAUGACCCACAAGCUAUCUUGUCGCUAAAGGCCAGGAAACACCAUCUUCAAGAGAGUUUGGGAACGAUAGAGGACAUCAGUAAGCUCCCACCUCAGUAUCAACUCUUGGAGAAAAAAUGCGACGCACUCGAAAAAACCUGUAGACGAAUGCUGCUGGUGACCAAAACCUUUGAAGUCGAGGGCUACGACUAUCCACCUAACCUGAGCGAAAGCAUUUCAGAUUUCUGGUCCUCCAACAAAGACGGCUUGUUCGCGUUUGUUAACUCUGGAAGUAAAAAGGGGUCAAAGUCGGAAACCGUUGACAAGGUUUCGGACGCGGAUGCUGCGACGCCUGCAUCUUUUUCCCAAGCCAUCUCCAAGGCUGCUAAAGACUCGCGUAAAGUUUUGAAGGGUUUGAGAGACGAGGAGAUUAAAGAUUCGGUAGUAGAAGAUGACGAGGGAGAAGAAGAAGAAGAAGAUCUUUCUGCGUUGAUUAAGAUGUUCGAAUUGUGGUCUCAGUGCGAGCACAAAUUGGAUCAGGGAAAAGCCGAAAUGGAUGCUUUGAUGGCUAAAGAGUUCAACUACAAACUUUCAAACUUGGUGGACGACAAGUUUAAAAAUGCUCAAACCCUACGUAAGAAGGUCGAGGGCUCGAGGCUCAAAUUCGACACCAUGCGCUACGAAGUCAAACUGAAAGAACAAAAAACUGUUAACGGGGCAGAAAAAGAUUCAGAGAAUAGUGCUGACAAGUUUUCAGCCGCUGCACGAGCUGGAGAAUUGGACUCUGUGACUCAAACUGAGGCAACAGCCACGUCAGAUGCUGAAGAGCCUCAGAAGCCAGAAACCGCCAAGACGGAGGAGCCAACUGCUGGUUUUGAAAGUGAAGAGCAGGAACUUUUGGAGAAACUGGAAGACGAGUUUGUUUCUAACACUACCGAGGCCGUAGAGGUCAUGGGGGAAAUUACCGAUAGCGCCGAGCUGAUCAACUUGGUCAAGUUGUUCCACAACUUCAAGCUCAUUUACCACAAACAGUGCGUCAAGGACCUGGAAAAUAGUCUGCACGAAUUGAAUGAGCUGGAAACGGAGGAUGAUUAG